CGAAUAUGUUUCGGGCGAUUUCUCACGGUGUUCCCGUGCUUUUGGAAACAAACUUUCGAUCCGAUAGUGCAUGACCUGUUUCUCUGUUCGGAAGUGUUUUCCCGGCAAUGCCGGAGCCGCUUACAAGAAAGAAAAUUUUGCGCGACCAUAAAAGAGAAAACUAGUCGAAAUCGUCCUCUUUAUCGAACUUUCUGGAUUUUUUACAGCCAUGGUGCGCUGCUCGUUUCUUCUGUCCUCCCUGGCCGCCGCGCCUUUCUUUCUGGCUGUACUUUUCCCGACCGCGACUCUGGCGUCGCAGGAAGCGGAACUGAUGCUGUCGUUCAUGAAGGCGCUGCCGACGAAGAAGCUGUCGAAGACUGAGGAGUCAAAGGUUUUGGAAAAGCUGGAAGAGCAGGAGAACAAGAUCGCGGGCGCCGUCAAGCGCAUGGCGAAAAUCGACAGCGAGGCAGCGAAAAAGAGUCGGAAGCUGAUGAAAUUCGAGUCGUCGAAAAGCAAAAAGCUGGCCGGCGGGAAAGGCGAAGACUCGAAAGCGGUCAAGAAGGCAGAAGCCUUGGAAAAAAGCAUGGAAGAAUGGGACGAAAAGAUGGGUACUAUUUUCACUUCCGAUUCCGUCUCGAGAGUUUUGAUAAAGCCCCUGCAUCUACCUCUACUAAAUGAAAAUAAAUCGUGGUUCGAUAGACGCAGUCUCGAUCAAUGUUUGCAAUAGAAAGUUCAAUGGCUAUGGCAGUAAUCGCUUGACAAAAAAAUCAGAUCGGCUAAACCGGAAGUCGCGCAUUGGUGCCGUCAACGUGCUAUCGAAGCUGCGGAAUAUGCAAGGGAAUAUUUUUUAUGAUUUGUAAAAUUUGUGAUGUGAAUUAACAAGCGCUUUGGAGAAUUCGAGAUGUGAUGCGUACCAGCUCCUGCGACGUGAUUCCGUCAGUGAAAUGUUGUUGAGAACGGAUAUUGUCACGCGUGCUCUAUCGCAUCACAAAUUCCACCACUGACGUUUUUGCCCGUUCAUUAUCAACGCGAUCCACCUCGUGAAGAAGGGUGCUUUGUCCGGGAAUGCGCCUAAGAUAAGUAAAAUUGCUAGCAUGCGAUCAUGUUUGUCAUGCAGAUGUUGAAUUGCUGGUGCAGGCAGGUGGUAGUUCUUACUUACUCACUUGUGUCACGGGUGGUUCUUUUUGCAGCUUGCUUUCGUCAGUUUUGCAUGUCCAGUAUGACAACAUGCUAGCUUGGUGCUCGGUGAUAAUCCAGGCCAAGGAUCAGCUGGAGAAGGUCAUGAUGAAGAUGGGUCAAAUGGCUGCGGGGCGCUAAACCCCAUGAUGCAGGAGCAGCGGCCAAAUUCGAGGACUAAGUAAGAUGAAGAUGAAUCAACUUCGAUUUCAAAAAGCUGUGCAGAACUCAAUUUUUUUCCGAUCUCAAAAGAGAGACAGAAAUGAUGUUUUCCUAGUCUGGGCAUGAGGCCUAGGUGUCGGCAUCCAAGACGCGACUCUAUCCGAGUACUGCGUGCAAAGAUACUUAUCGAAAAUUCAGAACGGAAAGAGCGUAAAAAUUCAGCAGGAAGCAAAUGUUCUUCAAAUUGCCAAAAUCGUAGAUCGAAGGCGAAUUUUUCUUCGAUUAAUUUGAGGGGCAACUAU